AGUCAAGAUGACCCAUCGUCGGCCGGGCCAGGGUGUCUUCGUUGUUUAUCCAAGUUCUCGUUCUUGUUCUUGAUUGUGGUCUGGCUGCAGGUCGUCACUCGCGAGGCCAUCUUGGAUGUGGCCCUGAUUCACGCACACGCAUAACAGCAAGCGUCGUGAAUCCCCUCCAAAGUGUCGUCACGCUCUUCUUUUUCUUGCCUUUCUCCCGAGCGACACUUGGCAAAUCUUUACCUUCUUUUUGACGCGACCUUUGCCCGCUGUCGCUAUCGUAUUCGAACUUUCCAUCCUUUGCAUCUUCCUUGGCCCUCCGGCUACUAGGACGAAGGCACUCGCGAACUUUGAACUAAGAAGAAAACAACGACGACGAACAACUUCACUGUUCAACUUGGGAGGGAGGAAACAAUGGGAUACAUUGCAAACACACCCGAGGAACGCCUCGAGCGAUCGGACUCGAAGAAUCCAAAGACAACCUGCAAGGGCCUCACGGGCGCAGGAAACCUAUGCCGCAACUCAGUCACGCCCGCGAGGGGCAAGAUGCUUUCGCCAACGGUCAAGGAGGAGUCGCUCUACUGCCACCACCACAAAGACCAGGCCGCAAGUCGCUCUGCACAGUCGAGUCCCGGCCCUAGGUUGUCCGGCAGACCCAUCUUGGAAGAGCGGACGAGCAUCGACACCCUCGCAGACCGUCUAGGCCUGGUGGACGUAGGAUCCAACCCAACCAAGAAACAGAAACGACCACAGGGGGGGCGGCUCAGCGGCGGUAGUGGCAUGCAAACCACGAACGCCUCGAAGCCGCCGUCGGCAUAUACACGACCGCCGCAAAAGGAACGCAAGGAACUACACCUCUGCUGCUGCUUCAGCAUCCCCAUCGACGAAGUCCAGGAAUCCCAGCCCGCCCCUCGGCCCCAGCCGCGACCGGUACAGAACGGCGGCUCCGCAGCCAUGCCCCGGCCCUCGAGCCAGCUCCUGGCUCCUUCGAAUUCGCGCCCGCGACCGAGCACGUCGAGCCACUCCCGGAAGAGCUCCCAGCAAGCGUCUCCCCAACCGCUCUCGACGUCCCAGACAGCGCAGUACCUGUCACUUAUCCCGCCAUCGACCGACCCCCAGACAGCCUCGGCGCUCAUGGCGGAGUUGGCGAGGCCGUACGGCAACUCUGAAGAAGCGGGCUACAUCUACAUGUUCUGGAUCACUCCGACUUCUAAAAAGGAGGCGGCGCCUGUGCAGGAGGCGAGAUCGCUGCUCGCACCGCCUUCACCGGCCCGGGGCGUGGGACGCAACCGACGAUCUAGCGACGUCGUGUCGGCCUUUGCGAAUGCCAACGGCGGCGCAUCGGGCGACAACAAGAUGCUCAUCAAGAUUGGACGGGCACAGAACGUCCAGCGCAGGAUGCAACAGUGGACAAAGCAGUGUUCCUACGAGAUCGAGGUACUGCGGUACUACCCGUACAUACCGGGAGCGAGCGCGGCAUCGGGACAGCAACCGCGCAUGACGCCGCAUGUGCACCGCGUCGAGCGGCUCAUUCACAUUGAGCUGUCGGGCAUGGGAUUGCAUGCCGGGCCCAUAACGUGUGCCGGGUGCACUUCGGUGCACCGCGAGUGGUUUGAGGUGCAGACGUCCAAGAAGGGCAUUGGCGCGGUGGACGAUGUGAUUCGGAGAUGGGUUGACUGGGACGAGACGACUGUCUGAGUCUGGCGAGUUGAUGAGGCUUGCUCGGACUGUGUUUGGAGUGCCUGUUAAGUGGUGAUCAAGUGACCAUUAACUGCUAGGCCUGUGUGUUUUUACUUGCACUCAUUGCAUGGCGGACGGCGUAAGGGAAUCUUUCAUCGCAUUCGGACCU